AUGGCAGCAAUGGAGCAGCAUAUACGCCUGGCCCAGCAAUUGCACCCACGGCUACUGAGAUUUUUCACGAAAUUCCCGCCACCACAAGUAGCCAGUGCAGCACCCUCAAUAUCUACACCUCAGACCAGCGAGACCAUCACGAUCGCCGAGAAUACCUCCUCCUCAGACCCAAACGUCGGCGCAUCAACCACAGAAAUCCCAAGACCUACAAUCUCGACGAAUGCCCCAACCACACCAUCGCGAAACCCCUUCCUCCCUUUCCGCAACCCGCGAACCGGCAACUGGCAAUCCCCCCAAAUCAGUCUCCGUCGCCAAGCCGAACUCUUCAAACUCGCACGCGCCUACGAUGUCCUACCCUUGAUGCCAAUAAGUCCCAAGCACCCAGAAGUGAAGGAGCAGAAGCGGAUCGAGAAUGGUCUGAGAGUGCAGGGCACGGGUGUUGGAAAGAAGGUCAAGGGUAAGGCGUGGGAGAGGACGAUGAUGGGUAAAUUGGAGCAGAGGAGGAGAGCAAUGGAGGGUAUGCCAGCGAUGGUAAGGGAGUGGAAGCAGAGAGGGCAUGGAAGAGGAUUGCCAAAGACAAGGUGGCCGAAAUGA